AUGGUAUCGUACAAGGAGGGCGUGACCCACGACGGCCGCAAACGCGCCCCGCGGCUGCUGUUCGGUGUGACAUACAUCAAGCCAUUCCCGUGGAUCCGCGUCGCGCUCGGGCUGGGCGCCAUGUCGCUUGUGGUGUGGCAGCAGUACCAGGCGCGGCACACGGUGCCGACGAAGGAGCAGUUCCUGCGCAAGAUUGUGGUGGCGCCGUACGGCGUGCUGGGGAUGCAGAUGUCGCUGCAGGGCGGGAUGGUGCGCGCCGGCGGUGAGCCCGACGACAGCGUCGUCGUCGUUGACGCGGCGGACCUGCGCCACAUCUUCACCACCGCCGACGGCGCGUCAGGGGCGUCGGGGGCGAUCUACAAGUGGCUCGGGCUGCGCGGGCAGUUCCCCGACGAGCUCGUGCGUGCCAUCUCGCGCGUGUGCGACGCCAAGUGGUUUAAGUACGGCGACAAGAACGUUAUCCACGUAAUUGGUCCGGACUUCCGCGAGGGGACGUGGUCGGAGCGGGAGGCGGCUCUCGAGCUGUCGCGCGCCUACCGCAACGCGCUGCACGAGUUCGCCAUUAGCGAUGGCGACGUGCUGCGUAUGGCACCCAUCUCCACUGGUGUGCAGGCGGGGCCGCUCUACAAUCAGCUGCCGCCCAUCACCGGCUCCGCACUUGCGAUGGCGUUUGAGCAGCUGCACGUGUUUGAUCGUGAGUACCUGCUGCGGCGCGACAAGAAAAUCGAGCUGUGUGUAUUCAUGAAUAGGGAAUGGGAUAUGUAUCAGACUGUCUUCAAGAACCACCAGCAACUGUUGAAGCUGUAG